AUGUUAGCAUAUCAUGAUGCAUCAGCAGGUUUUGGUGGAAUCGAUAGAGAUGGUAAUUCAUCUUAUAAUGAUUAUCGUCAUCGUGAUAGACAUCGUCCACAUAAUCAUGAACUUGAUGAAUUAGAAACAUCAAAAACACGACAAUGUUUAAAAAAGACAACAAAAUUUUUAUUUUCACAUAUUGGUUUAGUUGGUUUAGUUGUUGUUUAUUCUGUUGCUGGAGGAUUUUUAUUUCAAUUAUUAGAAGAACGUCAAGAAAAAUAUAAUUGUCAAGAAGCAUAUGGUGAUCAAGUUGCACAAAUAAAUCAACUUAAACAAACACUUGUUAGUUAUGUACAACAAAAUACAACAACACUAUCAAGUACAACAACUGGAAAAGAUAAUACAACAAUUGCAUUUGCAAAAAUUGGUUCAAUGUUAUAUAAUUAUCGAAGUUUUGUUAUUCAAGCAACUACAAAAUAUCGUUAUUAUGGAGAUGAUUGUUCAGUUACUAAUAAAUGGACAUUUGCUAAUUCACUACUUUUUGCAAUUACAAUUAUAACUACUAUUGGCUAUGGUAAUAUAACACCGGUUACAUGGGAAGGACAAUUAUGUUGUAUAUGUUAUGCAACAAUAGGUAUACCAAUAUUUCUUUUAUGUGUAGCUAAUAUAAGUGGUGUACUUGGUGAAAUGUUUCGUUUUAUUUAUGCAAGAAUUAUAUGUGGACCAUGUAUAUUAUUAAAAAAACGCCGUGCAGCAGCAGCACGUCGAGCCAGACUAGAAGAGGAACAUGGUAUAAAUGUAAAUCAUGCAAAUGCUGCUGUAUGGUCAGCAAAUGAUGAAAACCAAAAAAAUCCAGUGAAAAAAUCAAUAAGUCCAAUAAAAAUUGAUGAGGAACCUGAAGAUAUUGUAGAAAAAUAUCAACGUGUUGCUGUACCAUUAACAGUUACAAUGAUUAUUAUUGCAGCAUAUAUAUGGAUUGGUUCAGCUUUAUUUCAUAGUUUUGAAGGUUGGUCAAUGAUUCAAUCUGGAUAUUUUUGUUUUAUAACAUUAUCAACAAUUGGAUUUGGUGAUUUUGUUCCCGGCCAACGUAAAGAUGAUCCACAUGCAAGUGCAAAACUUAUUCUUGGAGCUAUAUAUGUUCUCUUUGGAAUGGCUAUUUUAGCAAUGUGUUUUGAUUUAAUGCAAGAAGAAAUCGUUGCAAAAUUUCGUUGGUUAGGUACAAAAGUGGGUAUUAUUGAAAAAGAAGAGGAGAUGAAUAAUCAAAUAGAUCCAAUGGCUGAAAAUAAAGAUAAACGAUAUUCAGAAAUAUCAGCAUCAAUCGAUGAUCCGAAUGGUACAAUGAAAAUGCGACGUAGUACAACAGUUGAUAGUGAAAGUAUUUCACCAACACAAACAAAUGUAAAUACAACACGUAAAUCAAGUCCAAGAAAUAAUAUAGCUCGUAUUCAUCCCGUUGAAUAUAAUGGUUCAAAUGAAGCAACCCUUCAUCAACGUAUAGCUUCGGGAAAAUCAAAUUAA